CAAUAUUUACUGUUUACUGUUAUCGGUUACAAUCGAUCAAAUGACCUCUUGAAGCAUUUUGACAUUAUUUCACGUUGCAGUCAAUAUGGCGAAUGAACAGUUAUCAAGUGCUUUGCGAGAUUUACCUGGCAGGGCAUUGAGUGUUCCUAUUGAGGAACGGAGCAUUCUUUUUCAAAACGUGUCUGCGGUUUUGCAAAAUCCGGGAAUCAAUUCGACAAUAAUAAAAGGAAUAUGUAAAGUAAUUGCAACAACUUUAACAAAGUACAAGGAUGUUUCAUCCCAACGAACUGUUCGCGAACUAAUUGUUGAACUGGCUAGAAAUCAUCACGACUUAACAAUAGAACAUAUGUUAAAUGUGUUCAAAGCUCUUUUGUUUAAAGAGUUUGCAUCUGUCUCCCCACAAAGAUCUUGUAAAUCAUCCGUUAUUGCAUUGGGAUGGAUUUCUUUAUUACAAAAGGAAGCGAAUAACAAUUCUAACAUCUAUAAAACUGAAAAAAAGAGAAUAAUAGAAUAUCAGUCGUUAUUUUAUCAGAUAACGUUAUUAUCAUCUUACCAAAGAAUGACAGAUGCUGCAGCAAAAAUAUUAUUUGAAAUAUGGGAAAAUAAAACAAUAUUCGAAGAAACCUUGCACACAAUAUUUGAAAUGGAAGCUACACCUAACACCACUCUCAUUUUAAUACUUAUGGUUGAAUUUGAUUCUAAGCGCAAUAAGCAACCAAUGCUCAAAUCCCAUAAUACAAAGAUUUCGGAAUAUUUUGUGAAGAGCAUGAUUUCAAGCAAAAAUAAACCGGAUAAAUGCUUUAUAAAAGCAUGCCGCCCAUUUGUGGAAUCAUUCACUCAAACUGAUUUUGAUACCAUUAUACUACCUCCAUUGCAAAGAUCCGUUUUACGAAGCCCAGAAAAUGUACUUGAAAGUAUUGGAUUAAUUUUUGACAUGGUUAAUUUUGAUUGUAGUCGUUAUGCUGAGAAAAUGGGAAAUGUCCUUAUAAAAAAUUUGUAUAGUAUCAGCGAUGUUGCACGUCGCGAGGCAUUGGAGUCGUUAAAACUUAUUUCAUUAAAGUGUUCAGAUUGGCUUAUAAUAAAAGGAUUAUUGGAAAAUAUUUUUUCAGUUUUAAAUGGAUCUGAUGGAAAAAUAAAUGUGGUUGAGUAUAGGCUGAACAUUCUACAGGGAGCAGGCUGUUUAAGUUUUAACAAAAUAGAUCAAGGACACUGGCCUGAAAUGUUAAAUGAAGCCGUAAACUUUUUUUGGAAAGCCCUUGAAAAUGAGACUCAAGAAAAAGUACUAUGCUGCAUACUAGAAAUGUUUGGUUUAUGGACUCAAAACUUCAGGAACGAGUUACCAAGUGUUAUUUUAAAUAUUUUUAAAUCUGGAAUACAACAGAAAAACAUUACUCAAAUAGUUAAGCAAAGCUAUAUUGAAUGGUUUUUAAUAUCAAUCAAAAAUGCCACAAUAACCAAUAAUUACACCAUUGUAUCAGAUCUUAUUUCACUAUACAGUAAAGCAAUGCAGAAUUCCUUGCAAUUAAGUCAGUUCUCCGAAGUAAUUUGUAUCGCAUGUAUUAUUCUUAUAUUAGAAAAACCGUCGGAAAACUACAGCUGCUUUUGGGGAACAGUAUUUGAUUUAAACAAACAAAUUUUCUUUAAUGAAAAGUUUUCUACCAUGGCUCCUGCUGAGACAUUAUGUAAUUUAUCAUUAAUGGCAAAACUGUUGAUUAGAUUUUACCCAGACAAAUUAAAAGGAAGUUUAGAACCCUUAGCACGAACCUUAGUUAAUAAUUUGUGCAGUAAUUCAUCAAAAGUUCGAAGUUCUACGGUUGCAGAUGUCAAAGAAAUCAUGAGAAAAUCUAAAGGAACACAAUUUCAAAGUUUGGCAUUAUGUGAAUUUCAAAAACGGAUCAAUUUAUGCAACAUUCAAAAUGAAGGCGACCUUUACACGGAUCAAUUUGGAACUCCAUUAGAAGCGUAUGUUGAUGCUUUAAAAGUUUUAUCCAAUGUAGAAAAUAUAUCACAUGAAGAAUCUGUUGAGGUAGCAAUUGAGUUGUUGCUUGUGUCUCACCAUCCAGCAAUAUUAUCAUACGAUCCAUAUUUUUGGGAAAAAACCAUCCAACGUAAUUUUGAGCUAAUUCCGGAGAAUUUCAUAUUGGGCCAAAAAGAUUACAUUGUUAAAGAAUACAUAAAUAAGUUUCAAGCAUGUGCUGCCUAUGAAAAUGUCAUAUCAACAUUGGUGCGUAUAAGUCCUAAUUGUAUAGUUCCACUAAUUAUAAUGCAUAUUAAGAGAUAUUUAUGCCGUUCUGAAAAUUAUCUUAUUUCGAAAGAAGAAUACUUUACUUUUAUGACACCAUCUGGUGAAUUAUAUGACAAAAGUGUAAUACCUCAUAUAGACUCACAAUAUGAAACGGUUCGAGUGAAAAGAGAAAAUAAAGUUUACAGCUACAAAGAACAAUUAGAAGAGAUAGCGCUUCGUCGAGAAAUUGACGAAAAAAGGGAAAAGGAAGGAAAAACUAAAACAGUUAAGCUUACCCAAAAGCAAGAGGAACAAAUAAGAAACCAAACAGAGAAAGAACUACGAAUAAAAAAUCGGGUUCAGCAAAUGCAUGAAAAUUUAAUUGCAAUAAUAAGCCUGCUAAAAGCUGCAUGUACUGAAAAUGGAAAACAUAUUUCCAUUCACUUACACACUUUAUUAAAUGAUAUUUUGGAAGCAAGCAUUAGUCCACUAAGCCACGAAGCUCUUACAGAUCUUUACGUAUUCUUUCAUACUUUGUGUUUUCAAUUUAAUACCGAACUUGGUCAAGCAAUUGCGCUAAGCACUAUUGAACUGCAAAACCUAAAAUUCGUAACAAAGGAUGAAACAACUAAUUUAAAUAUUCAGAAAUCAAUUGAAGCCCUAUUAUGUGAUCUUGAAAACCAAAUUAAAUGUAAUAUUUUGGAUUCACCCUCAUUUUCGUAUGCGUUUGAGUUUCUUCGAAGGGCGUUAUCAUUUUUAAAUAGUGACUUAUAUAGUGAGCUUAUUUUGAAAGGAAUACAAAUAAUAGAUACUCACACUCAAGUUGAACAUAUAAGCAUUUGUGCUCCAAAAUUUUUACCAAGAUUGGGUAUGUUUGAAAUUUUAUUAUAUCUUUUCAAAAAAAAUAGUAGAUUAGAGAUUCCAUCGGCUUCUGCCAUUUUAGCAGUUGCCAAAUCUUUAGAAAACUCAGAUUCCUGGACAAACGCGGAUUGUGAAAUAAUUAAUGUAUUUUUAGAAGCUUUACAAUUUUCUAAGGACUCUGUAAGAAAUAUUGCCCUAAAAGCAUUAAAAAUAAUGGAAAAAUCAAUAUUUGAUUUUGUGAAAUUGCAUAGAGACAUUCAAAAUCAUGUAAUAAAAAGGUUUUGGAUUGCGAAAUUUGAUAUAUCUGAAACUAACCGGAAUCUUGCCACCUUCAUAUGGGAUAGUUCAAACUUACCUCUUCCAACAGUUGAUGAUAUUAUCAGUGAUAUUACGCACUCAGAACUAUGUAUUCAGAAAUCUGCUGCAGAAUCAUUAAUGCCACUAAUAGUUAAAGAUGAAAUUUUAAUUAAAAGCGUAAUAACGAAAUUAUUUAAAAUUUACAAUGACAAAUUGGCACUUAUACCACCGGUAUUAGAUCAAUUCGAUCGUGAAACUGAACCAGCUAAAGAUCAAUGGAAACCACGAAGAGGUGUCGCAAUAACUUUUUCCCAAAUGGCACCUAUUUUAUCUAUUGAGGACAUUAAUGUUAUAAUGAAUUUUAUGGUGUCACAGGGACUUGGCGAUCGUGAGGAUGUUGUCCACAAAGAAAUGUUAGCAGCUGCAUUGAAAAUAGUAGAUAUACACGGUAGUAAGACCAUAGUAAACCUGUUACCUGUUUUCGAAGAUUUUCUUGACAAAGCUCCAAAGUCUCAGAGUUUUGACAACAUUCGUCAAGCAGUUGUUAUUCUUAUGGGUUCUUUAGCACGACAUUUGCAAAAGGAUGAUAAGAGAAUUGAACCCAUUGUUAAAAGAUUAUUGACAGCGCUAUCUACUCCUUCCCAACAAGUUCAAGAAGCUGUAUCGAACUGUUUACCACAUCUUAUGCCUUCUGUAAAAGAUGAAGCUCCUGCUAUGAUUAAGAAACUUUUGCAUUCAUUGGCAAAGUCCGAAAAAUAUGGUGAGCGACGUGGAGCUGCUUAUGGCAUAGCUGGAAUCGUCAAAGGAUUAGGCAUAUUAUCCUUAAAACAAUUAGAUAUAAUGUCCAAAUUAACUACUUAUAUUCAGGAAAAAAAAAAUUACAGAUCACGAGAAGGAGCAUUGUUUGCAUUUGAAGUAUUAUGUAAUACACUUGGUCGAUUAUUUGAACCGUAUAUAGUUCACGUGUUGCCACAUUUGUUACAAUGCUUCGGAGAUUCCUCCCAAUAUGUAAGACAAGCAGCUGAUGACACUGCUAAAGUAGUUAUGGGAAAGCUAUCGGCACACGGUGUUAAGCUUGUACUUCCGUCACUUUUAGAAGCUCUUGAUGAAGAUUCAUGGAGAACAAAAACAGCUUCAGUUGAGUUAUUAGGAGCAAUGGCGUUUUGUGCACCAAAACAACUUUCGUCCUGUUUACCAAGUAUCGUUCCAAAGCUCAUAGAAGUUCUUGGCGACUCUCACACAAAGGUACAAGAAUCUGGCGCAGAAGCUCUGAAAGUUAUAGGUUCUGUCAUAAAAAAUCCUGAAAUUCAAGAAAUUGUUCCUAUUUUAUUGGACGCACUUGAAGACCCGUCAAAUAAUACAUCUCAUUGUUUACAAAGCCUAUUAAAAACUAAAUUUGUUCACUUUAUUGAUGCAGCCUCACUGGCGCUUAUUAUGCCAGUGGUUCAAAGAGCUUUUAUGGAUCGGUCGACAGAAACAAGAAAAAUGGCCGCUCAGAUAAUAGGAAAUAUGUAUUCGCUUACGGAUCCGAAAGACUUAUCACCAUAUUUACCAAGCAUAAUCCCGGGCCUUAAAGCAUCUUUAUUAGAUCCCGUUCCUGAAGUAAGGGCUGUAUCUGCUCGUGCCCUUGGUGCAAUGGUUAAAGGUAUGGGGGAAAGCUCAUUUGAAAAUUUAUUGCCAUGGUUAAUGGAAACUUUGACGUCCGAAUCAAGUAGUGUGGACCGUAGUGGAGCAGCACAAGGUCUUUCUGAAGUGGUCGGUGGCCUUGGCGUAGAAAAAAUGCAUAAACUUAUGCCGGAAAUUAUUUCGACAGCUGAAAGAGUAGACAUUGCUCCGCAUGUAAAGGAUGGAUACAUAAUGAUGUUUAUAUAUAUGCCAGGGGCUUUUCCAGAUGAAUUUACACCAUAUAUCGGACAAAUAAUUAAUCCAAUUUUAAAAGCGUUGGCAGAUGAAAGCGAAUAUGUACGUGAUACUGCACUAAAAGCAGGUCAAAGAAUUGUUCAUUUAUAUGCAGAAACUGCUGUGGCACUUCUUCUUCCUGAGCUUGAAAAAGGAUUGUUUGAUGAUAAUUGGCGAAUACGAUAUAGUUCAGUUCAGCUGUUAGGCGAUUUAUUAUAUCGAAUAUCCGGAGUUUCUGGAAAAAUGACAACCGAAACCGCUAGUGAAGACGAUAAUUUCGGGACCGAACACUCUCAUGCAGCUAUUAUUCGUUUUUUGGGAGAUGAGCGCAGAAACAGAGUAUUAUCUGGGCUUUACAUGGGACGAAGUGAUGUUUCGUUAAUGGUUCGUCAAGCUGCUUUACAUGUAUGGAAAGUAGUGGUAACAAAUACUCCCAGAACCCUGCGUGAAAUCCUUCCAACCCUAUUUGGCUUACUUUUAGGGUGUUUAGCAAGUACAAGUUAUGACAAAAGACAAGUAGCAGCUCGAACAUUAGGCGAUUUAGUAAGAAAACUCGGAGAGCGAGUUCUACCAGAAAUCAUUCCUAUUCUUGAAAAUGGAUUAAACUCAGAUCACCCUGACCAACGCCAAGGAGUCUGUAUUGGCUUAUCCGAAAUAAUGGCGUCUACAUCUAAAGAAAUGGUCCUUACAUUUGUUCAUAGUUUAGUGCCUACUGUUCGAAAAGCUUUGCAAGACCCCUUACCUGAAGUGAGAGAAGCAGCUGCAAAAACAUUUGAAUCUUUACACACCACGGUAGGAUCCAGAGCAUUAGAUGACAUUUUGCCUUAUAUGCUAGAAGGUCUUUCGGAUCCAGACCCUUUGGUUGCAGAAAAUACUUUAGAUGGCCUAAGACAAGUAAUGUCAAUAAAAUCAAGGGUAGUUUUGCCGUAUCUUGUACCCCAGUUAACCUGUCCCCCCGUUAAUACAAAAGCUUUAUCUAUUCUGGUAUCCGUUGCUGGAGAUGCAUUAACAAAGUUUUUGCCCAAAAUUUUAUCUGCAUUAUUAGAAGCUUUAUCGGAAUCUUACGGAACUCCUCAUGAGCAGCAAGAAAUUGAUUAUUGUCAAACUGUCAUAUUAUCAGUAACAGACGAAACAGGAAUUCGUACAAUAAUGGAUACCUUGUUAAUAUCCUCAAACUCAUCCGAUCUAUGUACUCGAAAGUCUACAGCAAGUUUGCUAUCCGCUUUUUGCAUACAUUCACCAGGAGAUUAUUCACAGUAUAUUCCUCAACUUUUUAGAUGCUUACUUAAAUUAAUGGUUGAGAAAGAUAGAGAUAUUUUGCAGAAGUCGUGGGAAGGACUUAAUGCUGUAGUUAAAGGUCUCAGUACGACUCAACAAAUUGCUCAUGUCUCUGAUGUUAGACAAGCAGUAAGAUUUGCAGCUAGCGAAUUAAAAGAAACAGAGCUUCCAGGUUUUUGUUUGCCAAAGGGAAUAACGCCUUUGUUACCAAUUUUUAGAGAAGCUAUAUUAAAUGGGCUUCCAGAAGAAAAAGAAAAUGCAGCUCAAGGCCUUGGCGAAGUUAUUUUUUUAACAAAUUCCCAAUCUCUACAGCCUUCUGUUGUACAUAUCACUGGUCCACUGAUUCGAAUAUUAGGAGAUCGCUUUAACGCAGCAGUUAAAGCCGCUGUAUUGGAAACAUUGGCUAUUUUGCUCCAUAAAGUUGGCGUUAUUUUAAAACAGUUUUUACCUCAACUUCAGACCACUUUUCUUAAAGCUUUGAAUGACCAAAAUCGGAAUGUACGAAUGAAAGCUGGAAAAGCUCUUUCUGAAUUAGUAGCAAUACACGCCAGAGCUGAUCCGUUAUUUAAUGAAAUUCACAACGGAAUUAAAAAUUCAGAUGACUCUUCAGUUAGGGAAACAAUGUUGCAUGCCCUUCGAAGUAUAGUGAGCCCUUCCGGAGAUAAAAUGUCCGAACCAAUAAAAAAACAAAUUUUUUCUACUUUAUUAAGUAUGAUUGGGCAUCCCGAGGAUGUCACUCGCAAUGCAGUCGGAGGCUGCUUGGGAGCUAUGUUGAAAUAUUUACCAAAUUUGCAAAUAGAAGAUUUUCUGAAUAAUUCAAUUUUGGCAGUAAAUGACGUAAAUGAUUUGCAAGUUAAACAUGGCCAUACGGUUGUUUUGUUUGUAGCCCUUAAAGAAUGCCCUAACCAAGUACUAACUUCAUCGCUUUAUCCAAAAAUUACUGCAAAUAUUUUGGGAAAUAUUGGAUCAGAAAAAGUGCCAAUUGCUUGUAAUGCUAUUAGAGCAGCCGCUUAUUUAUUAGAGUACAGUCUCAAAGCUAAUUCUGAAAAUCCAUGUAAUAUUAUAGUUGCGCUAGCUAGAGCAAUGAAUCACAAUAGUAAUGAUGUGAAGCAAUUAGUAGCAAAAAGCUGUAUUUAUCUUUCGAAAAAUUUGACUGCAGAUCAAAUUAAUCUUGAUGUUUUGAAAUAUUUGGUUCCUAUGUUAGUCAAUGGAACUAAAGAGAAAAAUGGAUAUGUAAAAUCGAACUCAGAAUUGGCACUUAUUUCCAUUUUAAGAUUAAGAACCGACAACAUAACUUUAUUGAAAGUUUCUGAAAUUUUGGAGUCUGGAGCUAGGGAAUCAUUAAACGAUGUCGUGACAAAAGUAUCAAAACGAGCAACUACACAAUCGGUGGUAAAGGACGAAGAACUCGAUGAUACGUUACAAACAUAAGCUCGGUUUUAAACUAUUGUGGUUGAAUUCUGUAAGAAAUAAACAUCUCGUUUAUAUGUCUUGUAAAUAAAAUAAUUUUAAUUAUUGAA